UUCUCACUACCAUCACACCACUCCUUUGGAAACCACUGCACUCACCCUCCAUACUCCUCUUUAUAUACCCCUCUCCCCCAUCCCUCUCCUCCUCCGUCAAAAAAUCAACCAUGAGGAUGAGCUGCAAUGGCUGCAGGGUCCUACGCAAAGGUUGCAGCGAUGACUGCGCCAUCAGACCUUGCCUCCAAUGGAUCAAAUCUUCUGACUCUCAAGCCAAUGCCACUCUCUUCUUGGCCAAGUUCUAUGGCCGUGCAGGCCUCAUCAACCUCAUCGAAGCCGGUCCCCCACACCUCCGCCCUGCUGUAUUUAGUUCACUGUUAUAUGAGGCUUGUGGGCGGAUAGUGAAUCCAGUAUAUGGGUCGGUGGGCUUGCUUUGGUCUGGGAAUUGGGCUCACUGCCAAGCAGCUGUCGAUGCAGUCCUCAGAGGCACACCGAUCAUGCAAACGCCAUCUGCUCCUGACGCACCACCAUCACACUUGAUUGAUCCUCUCAAAACCUAUGACAUCCGCCACGUGUCCAAGGACCCUAACUCUCAUGAACUCAACAAGGUUAAGAACCGGGCCCGGUUCAAACGUCCUGUUUCCAGCCCCAUUUCCCCUCCUGAGUCAAUGCUCAGGAUUAAACAUGGAGAGUUGAGUUUCGAACCGCUUCGUGAGCCGUGGCUGAGUCAGCUGGCAAAUGGGGAUAUCAGCAGAGAUGAUGAGAGCAUGUUCUCCGUUGAGACAGAGGAGGAUGUAAACCAUAGCGAACCCAACGGGGCUUUGCAAUUCAGUAGCCUAAGCGAUGAUGGGGAUGAGGUUGAUUUGGACCUCGCUCUUGGUCCCGUUCCUGUGAAGUAGAGUUGCGGCUUCUAAUUAAUGCAGGUGUACGUAUCUCAUUACAUGGUCUUCUUCCCCAUCGGCAUAGCUCAAGUAAUUUUGGUCUUCUUUUCUAGCUAGGUAAACACAUAAGAAAAUGAAGAGCAACUUUUCAUUUGCUAGUGCUAUGUAAGUUUAAAUGGUUGGGCUUUUGGUUAUACUAAUACUGCAAAAGAAAAUAAAGACAUGAUCACUAUUAAGUGA